AUGCAGCGCGUCUCGACCUUUCUCCCCUCGUGGGAACGGAGACAUUCCAACUCCACCUCGAGCACCAAGUCGGCCACCAGCAAAUCCACCGGCGGUCUGUUCGGCUGGGGAAAACGCAGCAGCGCCUCGAGCACCACGUCCAACACGACUCCCCAUUCCCCUCGCCUUCCCGCCAAGAUCAGCAUCGCUGCCGCCAACGAUGAUCGAGUCCAGCGCGAGGUAUUCUGGCCUGCGACCCUCGACAUCGAGUGCGACAGGGCCGCGCGCAUCUUGAAAUCAUUCUGCACCGAUGGAUAUCUAGCCCCCAUCGACGCCCCGCCGGCCGAGGAGGAGGUGCCGACGCCGACCUCGACGACCGACCCUCCCCCGACGCCCCUCUUCGUGACCAAGAAGAUACCCAAACGUGUGAUCCAAAAUGCGGCGGGAAUCGCCGUCUUCACCUGCAUGCGCAGCGGCCUGUGGAUGACAGGAUCCGGAGGCUCUGGCAUCCUCAUCGCUAGGAAAUCCGACGGAACCUGGUCACCCCCGUCCGGCAUCCUCCUCCACACCCCGACACUCAGCUUCAUCAUCGGAGUCGACAUCUACGACUGCGUCCUCGUAAUCAACAACCUAUCCGCCCUCGAAUCCAUCUCUCGCCGUCACGUCACCCUCGGCGAUGACGUUGGCCUGACCAACGGACCCUCCGUCACCCUCGACUCGGACGAGGCACACAUCAAGUGGAAGGAGCUCGGCAACACCGUCUUGGCCUACAUGAAAGCCCGAGGCCGCCACCAGGCCGUCAACCUCAACGGCUGCAUCCUGACGGAGCGGGGGAACGAAAACGAGCGCUUCUAUGGCGACCACGUCACCCAGAUGGACAUCCUCGCCGGCAACGUGGCCCGCCACGUGCAAGAAACGGCCCCGCUGUUCGAGGUCAUCAAGCUGGCCGAGGGGAGGACCGAUUUCGACGCCGCCAUCAUUCACAGGACGGCUGUGCAGCCGGCCCCCGGCGACGCCGUCAUCGCGACCCCAAGGUCCGUCUCGGCGUCCCCGCGCCUCGCCUUUGGUCAGCCGCAGGCCGACGACCCAGACCCCUUUGGCGUGCUCGCCCUCGAAAUGGCCGGCUUGGAGAUCCGAGAAGCAGGCACCCGCCUGAGGCCGCCAAGCUCUCAGUUCGAGUACGGUCCGACGCCGCUGAGCCCCGCCAUGUCCAAGUUUAACCGGCAGAGCGUCGAAACCGCAGCCACCCGUAGCAACCGCGCCAGCGUCGUGUCCAUCAGGACGGCGAGGAGCGACGCGGCCACCAAGAUCGGCCCGGCCGACACGCCGGAGACGACGCCCAUCUCCGGCCAGAGCGAUGACGAGCAAGGUACCGCCGCCGUAAACCCCAUUCCGGAGAUCAAGGAGGCCGACGAGGUCGACUAUACCAGAGUUGACCUCACCCCUCUGGGGAGCCUCGGCGAGGUCCAUUCCAUGGGCGUGGAGCCCGCCGAACCCGCCGCCGAGCCCGCGAGCACCUCAACUGAGGAAAGAUGUGGGGACGGCCAAAAUUCUGCCGCCUCCGGCCGCCCUGCCGACGAUUCACCUAGCGCCCCCUCGACUGAAGAUGAAGUGGAAGAGAAGGGAGCGGAAGAGAAGGGAGCGGAAGAGGAAGAAACGAAGACCAGCAGCCUUGAUGAUGAAUCGGAUGACUCGGACGACAUGGAGGACGAGGAACCCGUCGUCUUCGAGGUCGCCGCCGCCCAGCCGGCGCGUGCUCAGCUCAUUCCUUCCCGAGUGAUCCAAGCCAAGGGCAACAUGGUCACCAUUCAUAAGCGGGUGGCCCCUCCACUGCCGAAGAGAAGCCCGGCCAGGCACCCCCGCUGCAGCCAGGACGAGAUGGGUACCGAGAUGGCCAGCGUGCAAAGCCCAUUGCGGCAGGCCUUCAGCGAGGCGGACUUGAAGAACGCCGAGGAUGAGGACGAAGCGCGACCUCGCAGCGCGGCGCCCGACGAUGCGAGUUCGCGCGACGGCAGUGCGGAGGAGGUGGAGGUCGCAGUGAGCCGAGCCGGCAUAGCCACCGUCGCCGUUGAUGCCGCUGGUGACGGCCAGUCCGACUCCUCAACCUCGAGGGAGCCCAGCACGGACGAUACCGUCACCGAGGACGCUCAACCGGCGCAGUCAGGGAUUGGAAUGGCCCUCACCGCCGACGACGAUGAAGAGGCGGAGGAUUUGCGCGGGGAUGAGAAGGAGACGGUCGAGACCAAGGACGACAAUACUGUCGGCCCAAACGGCGAGGAGACGGAUGCGACCAAGGAUGUGGUGGAAAACACCGACGACUGCGACGGCCUCAUGGACGAUUCUCCGGCCGACCAAACGGAUUCGACGAUCCACAAAAGUCACGCGUCGUCCAUUUGCACGGGCGGCACCGAGGACCGUUGGAGCUGCGACGGCUCCUCCUUGACGGCCUCGACGUUGGAGCGGCCGCAUUCGAGAGCCGAGGAGAUGACGGAGGAAGACACGCCCAAGAAGCUGGCCAAGGAGGUCGACUCGCCGAAUGCCCUUGGUAGGCUAGCUCUGACCGCAGUUUGA